AUGAAGCUGGCCACCGGCUUCUUAAUGUUGUGGCUUAGCCUGGGGGGUGGCCUGGCUCAGAGCGAAACCAGCCCUGAUGCAGAGGAGUCCUAUUCAGACUGGGGCCUUCGGCGCCUCCGGGGCAGCUUUGAAUCUGUCAACAGCUACUUCGAUUCCUUUCUGGAGCUGCUGGGAGGGAAGAAUGGAGUCUGUCAGUACAGGUGCCGAUACGGAAAAGCACCAAUGCCCAGACCCGGCUACAAGCCUCAGGAGCCCAACGGCUGCAGCUCCUAUUUCCUGGGCCUGAAGGUACCAGAAAGUAUGGAUUUGGGCAUUCCAGCAAUGACCAAGUGCUGCAACCAGCUGGAUGUCUGCUAUGACACUUGUGGUGCCAACAAGUAUCGCUGUGAUGCAAAAUUCCGAUGGUGUCUUCAUUCCAUCUGCUCUGACCUUAAGCGGAGUCUGGGCUUUGUCUCCAACGUGGAAGCCUGUGAUUCUCUGGCUGAUACUGUGUUCAAUACUGUGUGGACCUUGGGCUGCCGACCCUUUAUGAACAGUCAACGGGCAGCUUGCAUCUGUGCAGAAGAGGAGAAAGAGGAGUUAUGA